AUGUCGGAAAGAAAAGUUUUAAACAAAUACUACCCUCCAGAUUUUGAUCCAUCAAAAAUUCCUAAACUGCGUUUACCCAGGAACAGGCAAUACAGUAUUCGUAUUAUGGCACCAUUCAAUAUGAGAUGUGACACUUGUGGUGAAUACAUUUAUAAAGGGAAAAAAUUUAAUUCACGCAAAGAAACAGUUGAGAAUGAAGAUUACCUGGGCUUAAAGAUUUUUCGAUUUUACAUCAAAUGUCCUUGUUGUGUGUCUGAAAUCGCAUUCAAGACUGAUCUAAAGAACACUGAUUAUACCCUGGAAGCUGGUGCGAAGAGAAAUUUUGAAGCUGCUAAAUUAGCUGAAGAGAUGGAAGAAAGAUCCCGCAAAGAAAAAGAAGAAGAAGAACUAAACAAUCCAAUGAAGGUAUUAGAAAAUAGGACAAAAGCCAGUCGUCAGGAAAUGGAGCAAAUUGAUGCUUUGGAAGAAUUGAAAGAUUUGAACAUGAGACAUGCCACUGUGGAUCAUGAAACAAUGCUCAAGCGACAUGCAGCUCAGGAAGAAAUUCUAAUGAAACUGCAAGAUGAAGAAGAUGAAAAGUUGAUAGAGUCUAUAUUCAACAAACAAAGAAAUAAGGUUAAGAGACUUGAUUCUGAUGAUGUAGACCCUGAUCCUCCAGUCAAAAAAUCAAAGAGAAAUAAUACCACAGAUAUUUUAACAUUGGAAUAUAAUUUGAAUUCCUCACUUUCUAACAGCAGCAGUGAAACUGUUGGAGAAAAACCAGCAUGGGAACGUAGUGUUGGUUUACUAUCUUCCAAAAAUUGCUUGACAAUGUUGUGUCUAACUGCAUUCUCUCAUGAAGUGACACACUAUCUCUUAGCCAUUGUCACUUUCCUUCCUAGUCACUGGGGUAGCCCUUGCCUCUGCCUGCAUACAUGCACUGUCCACACCAACCUCCCACAGUUGGGUUUAUCCCAAUCUGCUGCUUCCUGGGUCAACCCUCAAUUUCUGGGACAGACCUAUGUCCAUUUCUAUUACACACAAACCACACCAACCUGUUCCUGGGGUGGCGAUGUACCCACCAUCCCACAACGACCAACUCUCCCUAUUGGUGACCUCUCUUUCCUAAUCUUUUAUGUUCACUGCAGCAAUGCAAUGGGUCCUCUCUUCUUAACUCCCCAGUACUUUCACCUCCCCCUACCUACAUCUUCCAUUUAA